CAUGCUCAAGUCACUCAAAGGGAUUUGACUCACCUCUUGUGAGCUCGCCUGCACCAAAUUUCUUUUUUCAUUCCCUAUCUGAAUCUCGCCCCAAGAAGACGACAGCAGCCAUGAGUACAAGAUAUACCUCCUUUAGCAGCGGCAGUGGAAACCUAUCUGGCGGUAUUAGCGCUGGAUCUUUUAGAAGAAGCUAUUCUAGCAGGUCUGCUGCUGUAGCACCUGUCAGCAGGAUAAGCUCUGGGUCAGUCCGACGCUCUGCCGCUAGCUUCCAAUAUGGAUCGGGAGGUAGCCUAACUGGAGGCUAUGGAGGAGGUUAUGCUAGCGGCUUGGGGUCAGGAGGAAGCUACGGAGCAGGUUAUUCUGCCGGCUUUGGUGCAGGAGGUGGCUACGGUGGAGGUUAUGGUGUCGGCAUUGGUGCAGGAGGUGGCUACGGUGGAGGUUAUGGCGUUGGUGGAGGCCUCGGUGGAGGUCUAGGUGGAGGUUUCGGUGCUGGUAUAUCACCUGGCACAGGCAUUGGAGGUUUCGCUGAAGGCCUCCCACCUAUCACAUCCGUCACAUUCAACCCCAGCCUGCUAACCCCACUUAACCUAACAGUCGACCCCAACAUCCAUUUGGUCCGUACCCAGGAGAAAGAACAGAUCAAGACCCUCAACAACCGCUUUGCUUCCUUCAUCGACAAGGUGCGAGUCUUGGAACAACAGAAUAAAGUGCUCGAGACAAAAUGGGCUCUACUGAACGAGCAGACCACCAGCCGCUCCAACAUCGACACCAUGUUCGAAGCCUACAUCAGCAACCUGCGCAGACAGCUUGACGGACUCACGAAUGACAAAUUGAAGCUAGAGGGAGAGUUGACGAACAUGCAGACUUUGGUGGAGGACUUCAAAAACAAGUAUGAGACUGAAAUCAACAAGCGUGCCACAGCAGAAAACGAGUUUGUUUUGCUGAAGAAGGAUGUUGAUACCGCCUACAUCACCAAGACAGACCUUGAAGUGCAGGUUGAAGGUCUCCAAGAUGAAAUCAACUUCCUCCGCGCCGUCUAUGAGGAGGAGCUGCGUGAACUUCAGGGACAGAUCAAAGACACAAUGGUUGUUGUGGAAAUGGACAAUAGUCGCAACUUAGACAUGGAGGCCAUCGUCGCUGAGGUCCGCGCUCAGUAUGAGGAGAUCGCCAACCGCAGCCGAGCUGACGCCGAGAUCUGGUACAAACAGAAGUUUCAAGAGAUAGAGACGACAUCUGCUCAAUAUGGAGAUGAGGUUCGCAGCACCAAGAUUGAGCUCGCUGAGGUCAGCCGUGUGGUCUCCCGACUUCAGAGUGAAAUCGAAACUAUCAAGGAACAACGUGUCACCCUGGAAAGUGAGAUCACUAAGGCUGAGGAGCAAGGAGAAGUAUCGGUGCAGGAAGCCAAGCUCCGCAUUAGAGAAUUAGAGGCGGCCCUAGAGCAAGCCAAAAAAGACAUGGCACGGCAGGUGCACGAGUACCAGAACCUCAUGAACGAUAAACUUGCCUUGGACAUUGAGAUCGCCACCUACAGGAAACUUCUGGAGGGAGAGGAAACCAGGAUUGCAACUGGUGGUAGCACUGCAACUAUCCACAUUCAGGAGUCAGGAAUUAGCGCUGGCAACAUAAGCGGUGCACUCGGCUUCGGAGCAGGAUUCAGGGCUGCGGCCGGCAGCUUCAGAAGUGGCGGCGGCAGUGGCUUUGGAGUUGGUGGUGGCGGCGGCGGCGGCAGCGGCUUCGGCUACGGAAGUGGCGCCGGCUAUGGAAGCGGCUUGGGCUAUGGAAGCGGCUUGGGCUACGGCAGUGGAAUCGGAUACGGAUAUGGCGGGGGAUUGUCCUUCGGCUCUGGUAGCCUGAUCGGUGGAGGCGGAGGUGCCAGCAGUUCAGUCUCGACGGCCCGCACCUCCUCUGUACUCCAAAGGAGCCUUCGUUAAGCAAAUACAUGUCCACUCAUUUCCUCCCCACCCCAUAACAUCUAUCACCUGGGUAACAAGAUUUGAUCUAUAUGCACUCUUUCUUUCUAUCAUUACAUUUUUCAUUUUGCUCAUCCUUUUUGAAUUUUCCCCAAAAUUGUGUAUUUGUUUAUCCACCCUCAACCCACCAUGACCCAGAGUGACCAUUCGUUUAAGGAGUGCUCUGUACCCGCAGGAUGACUUUCCAAAUUACUUUGAUUUUUGUUGUACCCUUGUCCUUUAGGGGGAUUUGCUGGGAAUAAAGCAGCUCAUGAGAAAUAUACAUUUGUAUUUUCAGCAAAUUUACUGUUUGUCUUUACUCAUUUGGGGAAGAUGAGCUGAAUCAAGAGCUGUUUUAUGUCACAUAAUGAUUGCAUACAUCAAUAAAACUGAUAAAACUGUCAUGCAACAUGAAUGGAAAUGUAUACAACAAUAAAUCAUGGUUACAUACAAUAA